AAUCCCCCAUUUGUAUUUAGAAACCGGCGAGAUUCACAGACAGCAUUGAUAUUUGUUGGAUUGAACUCAAAUUGAAGCUACUGAUAUUCAUCAAUGGCGAAGAUAUUUGCUUCGCAAAAUCUUCCCUCUGACGUCGCUCAAGUUAUGGAUCAGCUGGAGCGCCAUUGUUUGGCGCCUGACGGCUCUCUCAUUUCCAAAUCCACCUACUACGAUCUCCAGCUCGCGAGAGAAGAGAUGUGUAAGGAGAGGCAGCGUUAUUUGGAAGCCAUGGCGAUUUACAUAGAGGCAAUUGCGAUGGUGGAGGAGUAUCAGCAAGCGGUUUCCGUGGCUAAUUUGGGCGGUAUUCGCGAUAUUCAGGGACUUUAUCCGCAGCUGGGCUUGAAGAGCUUGCCUCAGGUUUACGAGACCCUUGAGCAUCGGAUGGUUGUUGCUGAAGCUGCUCAAAAAUUGAGGCUUCCUCUGAUCUCCAAAGAUGGUGAGAUUCAUGAGGAAGAAAUUGAAAAAUGGAGUGUCGUAUCGAGGAGCUCGCUUGAUAGUACAAGUACUGGUGUCACUAUCAGCUCAAGUACAAAUUCGACUAAUCAUACAAAUUUAUCUGCCAUUGGAGCGGGGACAUCUGCAAACAUUCCAGUUUCAUUCGGAGCAACCGACUCGUCCGAACCUGAGGUUGGUGGUGUCCCUAAUAGGUUCCUUGGGAUAACUCCAGCCUAUUUAUGGCAAACCCAACUUCAGCAGGCACCACUAUCAAUGGACAUUACAGAAUACCAGGUGUUGCUUGCCCGUGAGAUUGCCAGCAGGUUAGAUGCCAAGUGUGACAGGGUAGCUGAAGCCAUUGUGAUAGAUGACAUUGAUUCACGAACUGGUCACCAGAGCAUGACUUCUCGACUUCCAGAAAGGGUAAAGUUGAUUAUUGAAGAGAUAGAAAGAGAAGAAUUAGCAUGGAGAGAGGAUCUAUAUUCUUCUGACAGAAAAUUUGCGGAAUACUACAAUGUUUUGGAGCAGAUUCUUGGGGUGCUUAUUAAGCUCGUAAAAGAUGUAAAACUCCGGCAUCAACAUAAAUAUGAUGAACUACAAAAGACUUGGCUAUGCAAGAGAUGUGAGACGAUGAGUGCUAAAUUAAGAGUUCUAGAGCAUAUUCUCCUGCUUGAAACUUAUACUAGGGAAACCAUUCCCGCACUCCAUAAAAUCAGGAAAUAUUUGGUUGAAUCAACUGAAGAAGCUUCACUUGCAUACAAUAAAGCGGUCACACGGCUUCGUGAGUACCAAGGUGUCGAUCCUCAUUUUGAUACCAUUGCCAGGCAAUACCAUGACAUAGUGAAGAAAUUGGAAAACAUGCAAUGGACCAUUCAUCAGGUGGAAAUGGACUUGAAACGUGAUCAACCCACCACCUAACUUUUUUAUAAGACAAACUUUCACCUGUGUGUAAAUAAUAUAAUGAUACUACUACAUUAUUUGGGUUUUUAUUUCAUGUUUUGUCACAGAGAGAGUUAUUCGAAUCUUCUAUUGCUUUCUUUUA